AUGUUUGCCUUUGUGUUGACAGCAUUAGGUAAAUAUCUUGCUGUAUGACGAGUUCUGCUCUUGAAGGAAAGGGAUUUACGUAUAACCUCCAGUGUUGAAAGAUACCUCACGCUGAGAUUAAUCGUUUGGAAAAUCUACCGUAUGUAAAGGACUAUUACAAAAGAUGGCUGCCAGCUCUGCGAUACCGGCACUAGUUUGUAUUUGGAUGUGCGUAAUAUUUUUGAUAACGACAGGAGUAUGGACAUGUUAUGCAUUCGAGGAACAAAAAAUACAUUUAUAUGACAAUGUAAUAUUACCGAAAGCAAGCAAAUCUGCAACAUUUGUGGUUACUGGUAAUUUUAGCCAAACUGCGCUUGACUUCAAAGGUAGCGACCGCGCGUCUAACGUCGCUUUAUCACCACAAAUUGACCACUUCAAGGACUUUCAUCAAGGCCCCGAUUCCACGUUAAUAUUCCGUGAAAUGAAAAACUUUCCAUCUAUUCAACACUAUUCCAAUCCCAAACCUAAACGAGUUGAAGUGGAGCCGGCGAUUUCACGGCCUUUUGGAAUUGUGAAGAGCGAAAAAUCCUUUUCGUCAAACGCAGUACGUAAGCAGAGUAAAGAACGGUACGAAAAUAUUUGGCUACAGCAUACACCGGAAGUGGCCCUCAAUCAUAAAAUGUCGAGGUCACGUGGUCGACCUAAAAAUCUACAAGGGAAAUUGCCACAUGAGAUAACGAAACGAUCGAUUCCGAACGAGCUUUCCGAAAAUACAAUGGGCGAGCGGAUUACUCGUGGACAUCGGAUACCAAAAAUGCGAAUUGCCGGGUCAAAAACGUCGAAAUAUGGGCCAAAAUCCACCCAGUAUUGCCCCGCUUUACCUGUUUCAACGCGGAACAUUGUUCGUUGUUCAAAUGGAAGAAAAGUUGGCUCAAAAUGCUCUCUAAGUUGCGCAUCUGGGUUCGUUAUCGCUGGAAAGCGUAAAACCCGAAAGUGCCGUACCCGGCGUUACAGACGUAAACGAAGAAAACAUUUUUAUCACCACAGCAUUCCAUAUUGGACGGGAAAGCAGCAAGAUUUUCAAUGUGUUCCUGUAUGCAAGCAUCUCAAUGUUCCAUUACAUGGAGAUCGUACAUGCAAAAUGAUUGAUUUACCAAGAGGAAGAGCUCUUCGUUGUACCACUCAAUGUGACAAUGGAUAUAAACUUGUUGGCAGUUCGUACAACACUUGCAUGGAAAAGGGAAUUUGGUCGGGCCAGCCUGCUGUUUGCAAAGCGGCGUCAACUCGCCAGACACAGAAGAUUCGGUUUAAAUUCCGGGAACAUCAAACACUACCUUGCGGAGAAGUCUACGGCCUCGCAUCCUUCCGUAAAAAUGGAGUCGUCUAUCUAGUUGCUGGCGACAAGAGUGGAAACGAAGUCAAAAUAUUUCGAUGGGGAGACGAAGGCUUCGUCGACACUCCUUUUCAGACUUUCCACUAUUCAUCACCUGAAAUCGUCGAAAUUCUUACUGCCCCAGACGGUAGAGUUUGGUUGAUGGUCGGAGGUGCUGGACCGGUUACCAUGUUCAGACUCGGCGAAGAUAAUAGAUUCAGACGUUCACACACAACGCAAUUGUUUGACCAAACAAGACACGGCGACACGAUUGGCUUCGCCGAAUUGCAAGGAGAAUUUUAUAGAUGCUACGGUAGAAAUAGAAGAGAAACUCCUGUGAUUGUUGUUCAUAAACUUCAAGAUAAGCCAACACCUGGUGGUGGCGACGUCUUCCGACGUAUUAUGAGGAAAAAGUUACCCGGAGAAAGAGUCCACCAGUGUUCUAUGUAUACAGAGGGUAAUUCUCUUUAUACAGUCGCCACUCUCAAUAAACCAGAUGGACAGGGUCGUAUCAUGAUUGGACAUUUGACCAGAAACAGAAUGAAAAUCGUUGAUGUAAUUUCAGGGAAACAACUGAAAGAAGUUUCAGACAGUUUUGGAUUCACCAUAGAUGGUGGUCGUUACAUCGCAGUGUCACAGUCGACGGAAAAUGGAAAAUGUCUUAUUUAUAAGCGACAAUGGCGCAAUUCAAAGCCAGUCGAAACUGGUUAAGGCUUCUCAUACAAAGUGACGCAUAGUGACGUUAACUUACGCAUGAUUUACGCAGGAGUUUGCGUGGCCCAGCCGCAUCAGUACAAGAAGUUCUUAAUCUGCAGACAGAGCGGGGGCCAAAAAUAGACAUUAGGUUCAGCGACCCUUUGAACAUUGUGUAUCACGACAACGUUCCGGUUUCUUUAAAAACUACCUUCAAAUUUGCACGAUUCAUUGAUACCUCAAAAUUGCUUCACAUUGCCUUAAAGCUUGGUGCACACAUGGAAAUUUGGAUGCCGUAUUAUUCAAAUUUUUAUUUGAGUACGUUCCAUUCUUUGCCGAUGCAUUUUAUUCUUUCAAGUCAUAGAUGCCUCAAAACUUACCUAUUAUUUGAAAUACAAUUUACAAAAUAUUUGUCACAUUUAUAAGUGACAUAUCGCGUUAUGAUUCCGGGUACUUUGUAUAAACAAGCUUAUAUUUCGCAUUCCAUAUCAGAGCAAUGUUUCUUAUAGUAAACAUACUAACUUUUUACGUCCAUAAUUCACACGAUUUUUGUAAAUUUUUUAACCUAAAGUGUAAAUUAUUAUUACUAUUUUUACUAGUGUGUUAUUUUUUUCUUACUUGCCAAUUACCCUAUAUACCUACCUACACAUUCGAGUUCAUAUUCAUAAGGUUGAAAUUGUUGAGGACUUUCAUUCACUUGCAGGUGAUCGAAGUAGAAUCCAAUUAUAUUCAUUGGUUUACCAAUAUUUUGAAAUUUCAUCCAAUUAAUUUCAAAUUAUCAGGUUAUUUAUGACAUAGCUGGCAUGACAUCACCACUGUAUUUUGUGCGGUAUAACUUGAUAUACCGGAUUUGAUUGUACAUUCUUGUCUCACAUUGGAUAUAUCCAUUGUUGAUGCUGUUUUUCAAGUCAGGAUAACACAUGUCAAUAUGUUACCCCAAUUUCAUUUGAUAAUUACAGAUCCAAACACGUAUUCUGGUGUUAAUUAUAAAUGUAACUACGAAACCGAAUUUCACAAAGGUGUAAAAAUUAAGAAUAUUCGGUUAGUGUUAUAUGAAUAUCGUUCACGGAUGUAUAUUUUUCUUAUUGAACGUUGAAAUGAUUUUAAUUUUUUCGUACUAUUGUUGUGUAAAAUAAAUAUACCAAUCGAAA